AUGUUCGAAGAUGGCGUUUGCAAGCAGAUCAAUCAAUUAAAUGACACGGGAUGGAAGACACCAGAAGAUAAUGAUUGGGUAUACUAUCCACAGCAAUAUGUCAAUGUGUCGAUGACAGAGGCUGUGGUUUCAUUUGCGUUUGUGGGUGGAUGUUGUGCACCAAACCGUUACAAAGAUACUGGGUUCUUAUACAAGGAUGAUGGUAGCACAUAUGCUCAAACUGGCAAUAAAAUAGUCGCCAUAGCUGAUAGACCGCUAUCGCAAAAUAUUACUGUUACAGGGUGGUAUAUGAAGAAGUUUGUUGACGAUCAUGCUAUGAACCUUACAGUUAUUCCUUCCAUUCAUCACCCAGAUAAACAGUCGAUUAUGUUCGAAAUUGUUGCUUUUGACAGAGCCAUGAUGGUCAAUUAUCAGUUUUUUGACUACCAAGAUAAACUCAUCGGUAAACACUCCAGUGGUGUUAUGCGAAAUAAGCUUACUAUACCUGACAUCACGUUGCCUAGAUAUACCAGGCGAAUCGUAAAAAUCGUCCUUCAAUCAUACAACUACGUACAAUUCAAUUUUAUGGCUCAAGAGCUGAUCCUAUGUGCUUCUCAUAUAUAUAUGCUGGUCUUUACACCUGUCCGCUUUUUAAGCAGAACUCCAUCACAUAAGGUUCUCAUGUGUAUUAUUAUUAUGUUGGGUUCAUUUAUUUUCAAUCAAGCAUGGAAUAUGAUCAAUUCUCAGUCGAGUAUGUUCCACGAUUGGCUUCCAAGAGCAGUGAAAAUUAUUGGUAUUCUCACUACUUGUACGCUUUUUGGUCUUCGGUUGUCUUUGGACCUUCCUUCAUACGUAAUAACUUAUGCUCGUAGUCUGCCCUUCCUCAUCAUCAACGUUCUAGCAGCCAUACCAACUGCCAUUGCUUACUGUAUCGUUUUACUCUAUUUCAUCACACGUUACAUCACGUUUCAACCUUUAGCAUGGUUCAUGUUGUCUGAUAUUCUAUGGAAGAAGGAUUUUUAUCGACUCUUAGUGAAACCAAUGUAUAUUAAAAAGUUUUUAAGAAGAUUAUUCGGAUUGCACGAGUUUGUUAGGAUUCCGUUUGCUAUCAAGACUUCUAUAACAUUAUUGCUUUAUUGUCUAGCUCAAUUGAUACCAUUACUCUUGACGCAGAUGAUAGGUGUUGGCGGUAUUGUACCUGUUUAUAUCUGUAGUUGGUCACCGUACCUUUCUCAGUUUCAAUACCAUCCUCAACCUAUGGAGUUUGCUAUCAAAACCUUCUUACUUAUGCAAAUUGCAGUUUAUAUAUCGGCCUUAGGUGCAGGUGGAUGUUUUACUGGUACGCUUUACUUCAUGCUCGAGAUUAGCUUCAUUGGGACAUUGAUAACACUUUUGAUCCAAUUGGACCGUCUUCGCGAUGUUAUUUUUCAACGUGUCGGGUACGGUGUCUACUUCACAAGUUUUCUGAUUGCUUUUUUGGUCCAGAUGGUUCAGAAGCGAAUUACAAAUCUGAUAUUUAUUGAGAAUCGCACAAGGUUCAAUAUUCAUCACCGAGCACCCUUUUUGCACUAUUGGUAUUUUAUGAUGUUAACCUCCAUGACCAGAGCACUCACAUCAUAUAUUUUGAGAACCUUGAAGCUGUUGUUCCGAUACCCUCUUUUUAGUCUACGAGUGGAUAGAAAUGCUGAAACUUGGAGUGUCCGUCGCGGUGAUGGCGGGUUUACUGCUUAUUGUGGUAUGUUGUUGGCAGAGCAUUACUACAACAAUCCUGUAGUAUUGGUCUUUCUGGAAUGUUUACUCGACAGCAUUGACCAUUCUGUUGUUCGCAAAUUGUUGGGCAAAGACUCAAAAAUGCGCUAUUGUUAUUCACACAAGAACAUAAAAGAGAAACGAAAGCAAGAUCUGGAAAGGCAAUGCUACACACCAUCCAAGGGAAUUUUGAUGCCUUCUUCGUCAGCAACAUCAAAAGCACUUGGAGUUAAAGGGAAAGAUUUAACUCCUAAUAAAAGAGCAAGAUUUCGUUGGUUUUUGGCUUAUACUAUGAUAAAUAAUCCUGGUGUAGGUAUCUUAUACAAUUCAAAAACCGGUAUAGUGUUAUAUAUAGUUGUGCUUAUUGCGUCUUUCCGUUAAUAUCAUGUAGUUGACACAACAUCGCAUAAGAAAAAAGAAGAACUCAAACACUAUUCUUCACACGGAUGAAUCAACUCGAACAACAAAUUGAUUGUUUAUACCUCUCCUUUUACAGUUGAUUCUUAUGUGCUAUAAGUAUGUAUAGUGCUUUCGAAAAGCUCGCAUGCCGUCAGAAUAGAUGUCAUUACCAACCGCAACCACUUCGCAAUCAAAAAAUCAUGGCGUGAAGUGCUGUUGUAUUCUAAUGAAAUCUUGGGCAUGAAUUAAUAUAAAAUGAAAAGAGGCGUUUGUGUUAGUAAGUUGAUUUGUGAACCAUUUGAAC